CUCACAAUUGCUUUAGUGAUAAUAUUGGCAAAACAUGAGUCUCAUGCGGUGUGUAGUGUUUGCAACGGCAAUGGAGUCGCCUGCGCCAGCAACAUUACAUUUCAACUUUGUUUUAACGGCAUACCCGACACAACCGUAACAUACAACUGCCUCAAUGACAAUGAAGUGUGUACCGCGCUGGGCCGAAUUUGCAUCGAUUCCUCCAGCAAUCCCAAUAUACAGGCUGCCUGUGGCGAUACUAAGCAGUGCGGCCAAUGUCGAGGCAUUGCAAAUGGCGCCUACACUUGCACCAGCCGCACCACAUUCACCAUGUGCACGAACAACAAUCUGACCAGUGUACGCGGGUCCUGCCGGAGCGGAAUGGUGUGUCGCACGUCGGUGGCGCAUAGUGGUCAGACGCCUUGUGUUAGUGAGUGCUUAUCGGAUGUAACCGAUAUGUGUGAUGUUGGUGUGGCCGUGGACGCCCCACCAAACGAUGACUCGGCUAUUACUACGGUGAUAUUUCAGCCUACGCCAUCCUUGACGACGGUAGCAACAUCAACCGGUACAUCAUCAACAGCAACAACCUACGCAGAACCAACCUCGUCUAGUCAAUCUCCGGUAGCAUCGUGUUCCGAUCGCACGCAAGUUGGACGUUACCCCAAUACAGCGGACAGUGGUUGCAGCAGCUAUCUUUAUUGCUUGAAUUCCGUGUCUGGUUUGGUUGGGCGUAUAAUGUCAUGUCCCGCAGGGAAAUAUUUCAAUUCAGACAUAAGCAACUGUCAAAGCACAAAACCAAAUGGCUGUGUUUGA